AUGGAGUACAGCGGCAAGACACUGAAAGAGCUUUCAGUGCACACCAUGACGCAAAUGGGAGUAAUAGAGAGUACCCUCACCGACAUGAAGGGCUUCAAGCGCCUUAAAUACCUCGCGACUGAUGCCACCAUGUUCAUGGGGACAGAGUUUCGCAGAGUUAUCAUUAAAGAGGAGUUCCCUUUCCAACCGCUCAGCGUGCCGCUCAACGAACUAGCUGCACCACGGUUUGUGGACAUGCUUCCUCCAUCGAUCAAAUCUAUUCGGAUUUUGGCGGAGCUCUGGGACUCCCUGGGGAACAAUAUGAAUGAUAACUUCUUGGACAAGUACGAUGCGAAGUGGACCACAAUCUCUUUACAAGAUGGACCGGACCUCCAGCCAGACUUCGUCCACGAUUUCCAAGAGCGAUUCGGUGUCCUUACUGAAGGCUAUGUCGAUUCCGAAGAAAAGGAUGAUCAAGAUGGCAGCGGCCAGGUCGAGGACAGCGAAUCAGAGGAAGAAGAAGACAUUGAAUCAGAGGAUGAUGUAUAG